AUGGCGUCCACACAGCCGCCUCGCCGUAAUGCAGAUGAGCCGGCAAGCCUUCCUUGUUUCAUAUAUCCCACCUCGAGAACGGUUCCGUUUUUUGAUCGUACCGAGGACAUCAUACAAAUUGACAGGUACUUCAAUAACAGAGAACAAGAUGCUGACCAGCCAUUUCGCUCCCUCACAUUAUAUGGUAUCGGUGGGGUCGGCAAGAGUUCCAUUGCUCUACGUUACGCGGAGACUAGGAUUCGUCGCAAGGAACUCGAUGCCAUGUUUUGGGUAGCGGGUGAGAAGGAGGUCACCAUUCGCCAAAGCUUCACUGAUAUCGCCGUGCAAUUGGAACUUCCGGGGUCACACCCGAAAGACCAUGAUCAAAACAGGACCGUAGUAUUGGACUGGCUUCAAAACACAGACUGCCGUUGGCUCUUGAUUUUUGACAACGUUGAGUCUGUUGAGUUGCUGAUGACAUACUGGCCAACGGCCGCUCGUGGCCAGGCAGUCAUCACCACUCGAAACCACAGCCUCGCAUGUUAUCCCAGCGAUAGUGGACUCGAAAUCAAGGGAUGGGACAAUGAGACUGGAUCUCAGUUCUUGGCUCACCUGCUCUCAACUGAUAUUGGUAAGCAGCUUACUGAAGAAGAAUUCCGUAGCACCCAUGAGCUCUCUCACAGUCUCAGUGGCCAUGCCCUCGCGCUGUCCCUGAUGGCUGGUCUAAUCCAUCGACGCUCCUGGUCUAUUCAAGAGUUUGUUGAAGUGUAUGAGAAGCAGCCACAAAAGGUACAUGGUAUAUUUGGCAACAAUUCAAUCAACGCGCUUUGGGAUAUGUCGUUUCGUUCUCUCAGCAAAAGGGCAAGUGCGAUUCUUGGCACACUGGCCUUUCUUUCCCCAGAUAACAUUCCUCAAGCUCUUUUUGAACCUAAAGAGCCAACAGCUUUCCCUGAAUCACUCCAAUUCUGCCAAGAUCCUUUCGAUUUCUCAUACGAAAUCGAGUCCCUGAUGACUUUGGGCCUGGUAAAGCGAAACAGGGAGCAACGGACAUUUUCCAUGCACAGACUUGUGCAAAAAUCAUUCAAACACUUUAUGAGCGCCGAAGACCGCCAGAGGAGUUUCAACGAUGCGGCUCUACUGGUAUCUGCGGCCUUUCCACGCAAGGACGCCGAGUUUGCACAGCUGUACCAUUCGUGGAAAGCUUGCUCUCGCUAUCUGCCACAUGUACUUAGUUUGAGGGAUUUCUUCGGUGAAGAAAGAGCAACACAUCCUAAGUUCACGGCAUUGGUCGAAUAUUGUAGACUGAACAAUGCGUGCCAACGCUAUCUCAUUGAAACCAAUGGGUGCAACGAUCUCCUUGACCUAUUAGAAGUCAACAGCAUGGCGAUUCGCACGAUCCCUCUCCAAGAACGGAGUACCCAGAUCGAACUUGAAGGCGACUUGGCGUCUCACAGUGGCCAGGCCCUGGCACGAGUAGGGAGAACUCAAGACGGGGUCAAGCAGCUAAAGUUGGCGUACGAGCUCUUUGCCACGGAGCAGCCACGCAAUCUCCGGGAGGAAGCAUGGUGUGCUGAGAACCUCGCGGAUGGCAUCGCCUCGACGAACAAUUUCCGGGAUGCCGUGGCGCUCCAAGAAAAAGCCCGGGAGCAUUGGCUGCACUGGGCCAAGGACAACAGCGAAGACAAGACAGAAUGGCCUGCAAUACUGAAAUGGGGAAUGGGCACCAAUCUAGUCUGGGCAGGGCAAACACAACGCUCAAAAAAUAUUCUCACUCAGGGUCUUGUUCAGCUGGAAGCAGCUAAGCCGUACAACUGGGCCAUGGUUGCAUAUACUAACUACUCGCUCGGUACUGUUUACCGAGCCGAGAGGGACUUCGAGUCGGCAGAGAGACAUUUCACAGAGGCUUACAAUAAAUGGAUUUCAGGAGACAACCUUCUCUCUGACCCGUUUUGCGGAGCAUGUGUAUAUCGAAUGGGCUGCGCGGCUCUUGAUCAAGAUAAAGUGGAAACUGCCAUAAAGCAUCUGCGAGAAGCCGCUGUCAUCACCGAGAGACACAAGAUAAGGAUGCCAGUGGAGCAUGCCAGGUCACUUUUUAAACUAUCUGAAGCUCUUGCGAGAGAGCCGAGAGACAGAAAAGCCUCGAAGAGACUUCAUGAAGAGUCAACCAACCUUCUCGUAUCUCGAUUUCCUCAAGUAGAGAUUACAGACCAAGAGAAGACCUACGACGAUCUAAUUUUCAUUUGGUGGAGAUGA